ACUUCUCGACUCUUCUCGCAGCCCCUACCGAGCUUUUUGGUGCAUCACUGAAGAACUACCCACCCGGAUCUUCUCUCUCUCUCUCAAACACACUUCCUAAACGGUCGUCACGCACAUUCUCUCGCUCCACCCUUCAAGGAUGUCCUGAAAACUCUCUCUCUCUCUCUCUCUCUCUCUCUCCAUGCCCAAGCUUGUUUGAUGUUUUUUUUUUUUUUGUGUAACGAACUGUCUCUAUUGCCCAUGAAGCAAUCUAGGGUUUGACAGCACGAAUCGAGGAAAGGUAUCUAUUAUUGGGGUAAGAGGCUGCAAUGUAUGCAAGGAGAUUAAUGUGUAAAAAUAAAAAAUGGGAUCUCUUGUUUCAACAAUCCAAAUUUUUUAUUAGUUCAAACUAUCGAGAUCAUGCUUGUUCUCGAUCUUCAAGCUCUGCAACAAUAACAGGGAACUGCACUUCCCGAGGUAGUUUAAUUAGAGGACAUCUGUCAGAUUCUUUCUCAUCAAGGGGUGUUGGCCCUGGUAAUGGACAUACAAGGUUACAUGGGAGGCCUAAUGCAAAUUGGAGGAGUAGUCAGUUGCGGGUUUUUAGCUCGGAAGGUGAUGGAAACAAGGCAAGUAAUGAUAAACAUGUCCCUGAGAAAGAUGAGGCUAAAUUUGAUGAGGGGAAGGUUCAAAGGGAAGAUUUUAAGAAAGGUGCGAGGCAUUUUGAUGCACAUGCUCGACUUGGGGAGCAAGAGCAAAAGGAAUGGCUCAAUAAUGAGAAAUUGUCUAUUGAGAGUAAAAAGAAGGAAUCACCAUUCUUAACUAAACGGGAAAAAUUUAAAAAUGAAUUCUUGCGGAGGGUUGUUCCGUGGGAGAAAAUUACAGUUUCAUGGGAAACAUUUCCUUACUACAUUCAUGAACACACAAAAAAGCUUCUUGUCGAAUGUGCUUCUUCCCAUUUGAAGCAUAAGAAAUUUACUUCAUCUUAUGGUUCUCGUUUAACUUCUUCAAGUGGGAGAAUACUGCUUCAGAGUGUUCCAGGUACUGAGCUUUAUCGAGAAAGACUAGUUAGAGCACUUGCACGAGACCUACAAGUGCCCUUACUGGUGCUUGACAGUACUGUUCUAGCUCCUUAUGAUUUUGGUGAAGAUUGCUCAUCCGAAAGUGAAUCAGAUGAUGAAAAUGCAGAAUCAGGGGAAGAGUGCAGUUCAGAGUCAGAGGUCGAAGAUGAGAAUGAUGGAAGUAAUGAAGAAGAGUGGACAAGCAGUGGUGAGACAAGAUCAGAUUGUACUGAUGAUGAUGAAGUGCAGGUAUCUGCUGAAGCCCUAAAGAAGCUUGUUCCCUACAACCUCGAAGAUUUUGAGAAGAGUGUUUCUGGAGAAUCUGAAAGUUCCUCUGAAUCUUCGAAGGUGGAGAGUGUUGAGCCUUCAGAUAAACCCAAACGACCGCUAAAGAAAGGGGAUCGGGUGAAAUAUAUUGGUCCUACUCUCAACGCUGAAGCGGGUAACAAGAUCAUAUUGGGGAAGAUAACAACUUCUGAUGGUCCAACUAAUGCUUAUACCGUUAUCCGUGGCAGGUCUUUACCAAAUGGUAAACGUGGGGAGGUCUAUGAGGUGAUGGGGGAUCGUGUUGCUUUGCUUUUGGACAUUAGUGAGAACAGUACAGACGAAGGAGAGAAGGAUGAGAAACCGACAGGGGAAGCUGCAGAACCAUUAUUGUAUUUUGUUCAGGUAAAAAAUCUGGAGCAUGAUCUUGAUAUUCAAGCGGAAGACUGCUAUGUUGCGAUGGAGGCGCUGUGUGAGGUCCUGCAUUCUACACAACCUAUUAUUGUCUAUUUUCCAGACUCUUCUCUGUGGCUGUCAAGGGCUGUUUCCAAGUCAAAUCGAAAAGAGUUUGUCCAUAAGGUGCAAGAAAUGCUUGAUCAGUUAUCAGGACCUCUUGUUUUGAUUUGUGGGCAAAACAAAGUUGAAACAGGGUCAAAGGAGAAAGAGAAAUUUACGAUGAUACUACCAAAUCUGGGCCGCCUUGCAAAGUUGCCUCUACCUUUGAAGCGACUUACAGAGGGACUAGUUCAACAAAGAGAUCGGAAGAUAACGAAAUAUUAUAAGCUAUUCUCUAGUCUAUAUCCCCCAAAGGAGGAUGAUGUGCUUAGAACAUUCAAUAAGCAGGUUGAAGAAGACAGGAGAAUUGUCAUAUCACGGAGCAAUAUAAAUGAACUACAUAAGGUCCUUGAGGAGCACGAGCUAUCUUGCUUGGACCUGUUGCAUGUGAAUACUGAUGGUGUGAUACUGACAAAGCGGAAAGCUGAGAAAGUUGUUGGCUGGGCCAAAAAUCAUUAUUUAUCAUCAUGCCUCCUUCCAUCAAUAAAAGCAGAAAGAUUGUGUGUGCCUCGUGGAAGCCUUGAAAUUGCAAUUUUGAGGUUAAGGGAGCAAGAAACAAUAUCCAAGAAGCCAUCGCAGAAUCUAAAGAAUCUCGCGAAGGAUGAGUAUGAGAGCAACUUUGUUUCAGCGGUGGUUCCUCCUGGUGAAAUUGGUGUCAAGUUUGAUGAUAUUGGUGCCCUUGAAGAAGUGAAGAGGGCACUAAAUGAACUUGUCAUUCUCCCAAUGAGGAGACCAGAGCUUUUCUUGCAUGGGAAUUUGUUGCGGCCUUGCAAGGGGAUAUUACUUUUUGGGCCUCCUGGAACGGGGAAAACCCUUCUUGCUAAGGCACUUGCAACAGAAGCUGGAGCAAAUUUUAUCAGCAUAACUGGCUCAACUCUAACAUCAAAGUGGUUUGGAGAUGCUGAAAAGCUUACAAAAGCCCUCUUCUCCUUUGCUAGCAAGCUGUCUCCUGUAAUUGUUUUUGUCGAUGAGGUUGACAGUUUGCUUGGUGCUCGCGGUGGUUCUUUUGAGCACGAGGCAACUAGAAGAAUGCGAAAUGAGUUUAUGGCAGCUUGGGAUGGAUUGAGGUCAAAAGACAGCCAGAGAAUCCUCAUCCUUGGUGCCACAAAUCGGCCGUUCGACCUUGAUGAUGCUGUCAUUCGUCGUUUACCUAGAAGGAUAUAUGUGGAUCUACCAGAUGCUGAAAAUCGUGUAAAGAUACUUAGAAUAUUUCUUGCUAAAGAAAACUUAGAACCUGAAUUUCAGUUUGAAAAGCUUGCAAAUGCAACUGAAGGAUAUUCAGGAAGUGAUUUGAAGAACCUUUGUAUUGCUGCGGCAUAUAGACCUGUCCAAGAACUUCUAGAGGAAGAAAAAAAGGUGGAUAAAAAUGAUAUGGUGCCAGUAUUAAGACCACUCAAUUUGGAUGAUUUCAUUGAGUCAAAAGCCAAGGUGGGGGCAUCAGUUGCAUAUGAUGCAACAAGCAUGAAUGAGCUGAGGAAAUGGAAUGACCAGUACGGAGAAGGUGGAAGUAGGAGAACGUCACCAUUCGGUUUUUGAAACAAACUCGAUGGAUUAUUACUUUUCAAAUUUUUAUUCUUUGGACAGCAUACAAUCCGGGAUGUGUAUUCCUUCCGAAAAGGAAUUUCUCUUCUCAUCCAAUUUUUGUAUUAGUGAGAGAUUAGGUGUUCUCUUAUAAUGUCAAGUAAUGUUGUUGGUCCUAGGAGAUGUAAAAUAAUGGGUAAUAUGCCAAUGUAAGUGGCAAGUUAAUUUAUUUUAUAGUGAGCUAUUUUCGUGCUCUUGAUCAUUAAACCUCAUUUACAGAGAUUUCUUGAAAGAACCAUUGUCUUGUUUGUUUA